AUGGCCUGGAGCACCUUCUCGAAAUCCGCUCCGCUGCUUAUCCUGCUGCUUCUCACGUCUGUCGGGACAGCGCAUUCGGACACCGCAUACUCGCUGGUCGAGUCUCGAGAGCUAAUAGGAACGGCAGAAGACGAAGCAGACGCCGACUUCCCUGGAGACAAGUUCCACACGUUCGUUUCGAGGCCGGAUAUCAAGGCGCCCAAGUUUCGAGUGAAUGUCUUUGACCGCGCAGCGCUUGCGCCGGGAUACUGGUUCGUUGCGCCGUACCAUGAGCUGGAUCAGGAUACCACGGCGAAGCACUGGGUGGGACCGUAUAUAUUUGACGACAGUGGAGAGCUUGUAUGGUGCGGCGCGGCGACCUUCGACCACUACAAUACCUUCGAUUUCAGGGUUGAGCAGUACCAGGGCAAGGAUGUUUUGACUUUGAUGUACCCGAAUGAAGAUGCUGGUGCGAUACUGGACAAUACAUACAGCGAGCUGAACAGGGUGGAAAUGAAGGGAGUGGACAUGCAUGAGUUCAAUCUGGUCGAUGACGGAGUACAUUCACUCAUGGUCACUUCGACGGAGCAUCAUUCCACCAUCGAGCAGGCGGCGGAGAUUGGAAUUGGGCCGAACAAGACCUGCAAAUCGUUAUGGAAAGGCUUUCGAGAGCUAGAUACCGCGACCUCGGAGGCGGUCUUCGAAUGGGACGGGCGUGAUCAUAUCGGUCUGGACGAAGUCACGUUCACGCCGACCAAUUAUGAAGAAUUGUGUCAGAGGAAUUGGGACAUCAUGCAUUUCAACGCCGUGGACAAGUUCCCGAAUGGCGACUACCUCGUCUCCUCCCGCCACACGGAUACGCUCUACAAAGUCAACCACACCGACAGCUCAAUCGUCUGGCGUCUAGGCGGCACCAACUCCUCCUUCUCCUUCGCUAGCAAGUCUGUCAAGUUCUCUCGCCAACACCACGCCACCGUCCGCGGCCAGAACUCCACCCACACCCUCGUCGCCAUUUUCGACAACGCCAUCGGCUCCGCCGCGGUGGGAGAAGUAGCUACUCACAGCAACUCCCGCGGUCUUCUACUGUCCCUGGAGCACGAAACGAUGACCGCCAGUAUCGCCGCGCAGUACGACCACCCGCAGGGCGCUCUCACGAAUUCCCGCGGUAGUUUCCAGACUCUCCCGAACGGCAACGCGUUCAUGGGCUGGACAUACCACACGCAGAUCUCCGAACACACGGCCGACGGACGAUUGAUCAUGGAAGCUUCGCUCAAGUUACCGGGGCACUGCUAUCGUAGCUAUAAGUUCCCUUGGGUCGGCCAGCCGGCGCGGGGACCUGAUGUCUACGCCGCCGUCGCCGCCGCCGGGAACGAGACGAUGCAGACGGUGGUAUACGCAAGUUGGAACGGCGCCACGGAAGUCUCCACCUGGGAGCUCUACCACUCGGACCCCUCAGGCAAAACCAUUGAACUCGUAGCGUCAACCCCACGACAAGGCUUCGAGACUGUGCUGGUGUACGACGGCUACGCGAAACACGUCAUCGCAUCCGCCCUCGACGCCCACGGCGCGGAGCUCGGCCGCUCAUCCGUCAUCGAAGCGACCACACCCGAAGAAGGAUUCGACGGCUUCAGUGCCCCCGUGGUGGCGGAGGCGCAGUGGCUUGAGGAGCAAUCACACCCAACCACAGAGCCGGAGCACGAGCACGAGGCGGUGGAGGUGGUGGGAUGGUCGUGGGCGGCUUAUGCUGCGGGCGCAGUGUCCUCGCUAGUGGCGGUGGCGGCUAGUUGGGGGGCGUGGAGGGCGAUACAGAAGAUGGUGGGGAGGAGGAAGGGGGAGGGGGAAAUGGGGGUUUAUGAGCCGUUGAAUCAGAUGGCGGAGGCUGAUGGGUCGAGGGGGUUAGGCAGGAGUAGGGAAGAGUUAUGA